AGUACGCAUGCGUUAAGCAGUGACGUGUCGCGAAAGUGUCAAACAGAGGGAUGUAAAAAAUGAUCGAAAACUCUGCGGAUAAACUUAGCUGUUAAGCUGCCUAACAGUGGCACGCUGUGGUAGUUCGGAUAGUCUACUAACAGGAGUCAGCCGUAGGCAAAGAUUUAAUAGACUCGUCGCUUCUCUUCAGGUCAGCUGAGGAAAUUCGGGCUUACUCACUUUUGAAUCCGCGACAUUGACCGUCGUGCUAACUUAGUUAGCGACAGUUGAGCUAAGCAGAGUCGGUAAAUUAACCUAAACAACAGUACGACCACCGGCUUAGCUAACACUAACAUGUAACUAAUGUGAUGUGGGCUUUGUUAGCUAGCCACUUAGGUUAGUUUUAUUGUUCAUCUCUCACUUACGUCGCGUUUAGCGCGGUGUCCAGUGUGGUAGCAGGCAGCAGGAGUCAUACCGAAAGGAGAGGAAGAUGUCUCGGAGGCGGCUGGACAGUCGCAGCGGACUCCCCGCGGGGCUUCUCGGAGAAAUUCAGACCCCAAUCAGCACGGAGCCGAUGGAAAAUGUAUAUGAAAUCACCGGAGAGCUGGGAAGGGGGAAGUUUGCAGUGGUGAAGCGCUGCGUGGAAAAGAUCUCGGGGAAAGUGUUUGCUGCUAAGUUCCUGCGGAAAAGGAGGAGAGGUCGUGACUGCCGGGCCGAAGUCAUCCACGAGAUGGCCGUCCUGGAGAUGGCCCGUAACAAUGCCCGGGUGGUCAACCUGCACGCUGCUUAUGAGACAGAUCAUGACAUCGUCUUAGUGCUGGAAUAUGCUGCAGGUGGAGAGAUAUUUGACCACUGUGUGUCCGAGGAGCUGCUGCCAGAGGCACAGAUCAUCCGUCUGAUCAGGCAAACGCUGGAGGGAGUCCACCACCUCCACCAGAGCAACUUGGUGCACUUAGACCUCAAGCCCCAGAAUAUUCUCCUGACCAGCCUGUCUCCUCCAGGAGACAUAAAGAUUGUAGACUUUGGCCUGGCACGUAAACUGGGUGCGGUUGGAGAGCUCAGAGAGAUUCUUGGCACACCUGAAUAUGUGGCUCCAGAGAUCCUGAAUUAUGAACCAAUCACAACAGCCACUGACCUAUGGAGUGUGGGUGUCAUAGCCUACAUGCUGGUGACGGGCGAGUCUCCGUUCGCCGGGGACGACAAGCAGGAGACGUAUCUGAACGUGUCCCAGGUCAACGUGGACUACAGCAGGGAGGCCUUCUCAAGGGUAUCUGAGCUGGCUGUGGACUUCAUCCGUAAGCUGCUGAUCAAAGCGCCUGAGGACCGGCCCAGCGCCGCCGAGUGCAUGAGCCACCCGUGGCUGUGGCAGCAGCAGCAGAUCUGCCUGAGCCCCGACCCCACUGCCACCCGCCCCUUUCGCGAAAGGAGCUGCGGCACCAAGUGGGCAGCCCCGCCUGAAGACCCAGAGGACAAGGAGAACUUCCUGGAGUCCCCGCACUCGCACGCAAAAAGAUUUCGCUUCGAUGAGGAAACGUCCGCUCCCGGAGACGGUGACUUUUAGAAAAGAAAAAAAUGAAAAAGGGGGAGGAAUGAAAAGCAGGUGCGGCCACUUCUUCCCCUGAGCUUUUAAAUUCUUUUAAGCCACAAAACUGGCUCUACUGCCCACCACUCAAGAGUACUUAGGUUGUGUUUAUAUUCCACUUAAUUGCAAAAUUCCAAGAUCGACCAGUCAAACCAAAGAUAACCAGCUUAAGUUUGAGAUCUAUCACUGAUCCAUUGCUAUGUAAAAAUGUACAUGUUUCAAUUAAUGCAGUUUGGUUAACCUUAAGUAUUUAAUUCCUUUCAUUGUUCAAAUCUUUGGUAUUUUCAGGGGCUGAGUAAACCUGCUCUGUGUCAAGCGUUGUUAUUUGUCCCCGUGCUGAUGAAGGCUACUGUGGAGUAUUUCUAGGGAAAUCUAUGCAAUACUUCUCAUGUAUAUUUUGAAAUCGUUUCUAUACCUUAAAGAAGCUAAAAAUAGCAUUCUGCCUUAAGGUGGGAAGUGAAGUGUUCUUGUCACCAGCUCCAGCACACUUGUGCUUCAGCAGAAAAUGAGUGAUAUCAAGAUAGGCACCUCUGCAGUGAGGAAGUGAGAACGUCCUUAUUUGCAUGUUAAAGAGAACAAGGCGCAGCUGGACAGCAGCAUUAUGGGAAGCCAGGUUGAGUUUUAAAUAAUGAAACCUGCCUUAUGUGCUUUUUUUUUUUUUUUUUUUGGUCUAAGUUGAUAAAAGAUGCUGCUGUCCAUGUCUUAGCUCUGCUGUGUUUCAUGUCCGAGCUGCACUUCCAUUCCAAGCAGCAGGAGGACAUGAUCACACACAAGCAUAUUACAUUCCUUAUAUGUUUGCCUUGUACCACGGUGUCAAACGUUGAUUUUCUCUGUGUCUGCUGUAGAUUGAGGGUUUAAAAUUAGCUCAGGGUUUAAGACGCAACUCAUUUUAAUAACUUGAUCCACAGUGUAGUCCCCGUUCACAGAACUGAGAGGCCUCCACAUGUAGUGUUAAUCAUAUUUUUGGGUUAUUGUAGAAAAAAAAAAAAAAAUUCUAGAUGAAACUGCUUUGACAAGAAGGUAUAAAGUGAGCAACAAAUCGUGGUACCCAUAGAACUCUUAUUUAUCCUACAACAGUAAGAUAGAAAUUUAAAACUGUAAUGGCUCAGAAAACUAAUGAGUCAUACAGUGGUUCAUAUGCCACGCCCGCACUUACUCAAAUGAUUUCCUCACCGAGCUCUGCGUUCCUCUUUGUUAGCUGGGCCAGGAGAGAAACUUUAGCACUUACUCCAUAAGCACACGUUCUGAACUGAUAAGCAAAACGGGAGCUAUUUAUGAACGUUUGUAUGUUCGUGUGUCCUUGUCCCUCACCAAAGCCAUUCAGUCAGCUUUUCAUAGUAUCAGCAUUAAAAGCUACUUUGGUCCUCCUGGGUCCGGGUGCCUGAAGUGAUCUAUUCCUGUUGUUUUCUUCAUCUCAGGGCGUGCUGCUCACUCUCUCCUCCCUUUGUUUUGUAUUCUUAAUGUUAUUCUUAUAGGCCUAUUAUUAUUAUUUAUGUGCUGGACUUAUACUUUAUAUUUUUAUGUAAAUAAUGUGCUCACAUGUCUUAUUAAGGAAGAUUGUGGUGGGAGACAGGUGAUUUCAAAUGAUAAAGGUGUUAUUUAAAACAAGAAGAUGCUGUUGUGGUGACUGUAAUAAAUAAUACAUGUUUGCAGUGAAUUAGGGAGAUGAAAGCGAGGAUUAGUUUUUAAGGUGGUACUGGGAAGUAAAGAAAAAUAUGGAAAUGGACAGAUGAGUCAGGCGAUGUUAGUCAGGAGGAAGAUGAUUAAAUACUUUGAUGUGUGAGUCCUGAAAGAAGCAUUUAAAGGAGUAGUUCAACAAAUGGGAAAUAAGGGUAUUUCCCAAUACGUAGAACUGUUUGUUUGUAUUCAGAUGUUGGCUGUUAAGAUACGUAGGCAUGAAAGGUUUUCCGGGUGGUGAUAAAGUAGGAAUGAUGAUUUGACUGUAAAGUUUUAGAAAGAGAUGGAUGUUUGUCCCAGGAAGCGUGACAGAACCACUGUAAAAUGUGAAAUAUGAGGUGCUAUUGAGUCACAGGAUUUGCCAUCUUUUAUUCAAGUAAGACUUGAAUGAGAAAAAAAAAAACUCACCUCUUAAAGUGCAGUGAUGGCAACUCUGCCAAAACAUUCCUCUUUUUGUUGCGAGGUGCCAAACUGAAUAAGACCACAUUGUGUUUGUUGUUGUUGUUGUCACCAGCAGGCACACAAUGGCCUUUGUGUGUGUGUGUGGGGGGGGGCGAUGGGUGUCUCCAGCCACGGCCAUGCUCUCAUCUGUAUGCUGUCAUCCUUUAAAACUGGAACACCACACUGUAAAAGAUUUUCAUCUCAGUAAGAGAUCCAGUCUCACUGAGUUAGCAGAUUCUACUUGAGCUUGUUGUAAAAACAGCUGACAAGUAUGUCAGUGCGAUACUGUCAGGAGAUUAUCGAAACCAGAGACGCUGCGAAGCCUCUUUUACUACUGUACAAGGAAGUAAGCUCGAUUCUUACUUCAUCUCAAGACUCAUCUCAAAACGUCUCAAAGUCUAGAUGUGUUGCUCCUCCUCUGUAAACAGGUGACAGGUCUUAAAAUAAUCUUGAUUUAGGCUAAUACCAUGUGCCUUGAUAAAGGAAGUCUAAAUUUUCAAGCUCAGUUGUACCAAAACAAGUGCAGCUAUCUUUCCUGUUGCAGCAGAAUCUGUAAAAAGCAUGACGUUUAGACUUGACAGGUAGUAAAUCUCCAGAGAAGAUGGACUUGUUUUGCAGCGCAGGGAUGUCCGUGAUCUCACUUUGCAGGAUGACGAAAUGCUCGAACGGGUUGGGCAAAGUGGCUUGUGUUUGCUGGCAUUGUCUGUCUGUCACUUGAACAUGACCUAUGCUGUGGUGUUGAUUAUGUUAUUUUGUACAGCUAUUGUACUGUGUUAUUUUCAGCAGCUAGUCACUUGGUGGCCUCGGUGUGUGUGUGUGUGUGUGUGUGCAUGUAUAUGUAUGUGUGUGAGCGCUCAUUGUCUGAGCGGGAGGUGCUUCGCCGGGUAGUCGGGCCGUCAUCCUCGAGAAAUGGGGCACCACUGAUGUCACUUAACACUCGUUUCUUUUCUGUGACUGCAGCGAGACUGAAGGUCACUGUAGAUUAAAGUCAAACCAGCCACAAGCACAAGCAAUUAAAUGUUUAAGAGAUGUAUGUUUAUUUUGCAUUUUAUAUAUUUUUUUUAAUGUAUGAGCAUUCUGAUUGCAUCUGAAAUAACAAAAAAAAAAAAAAAGACAUAAUCCGUAUUGUAUUCUGAUCAACUGCAGGCUAAUAUAUAGGCAUCACAAAGCAAACUGAAAAAGCUCAUUAAAGAUUGUAGAAAAUA